AUGCCACCAGCAUCAACUUCAUCAUCGAAGGCUAAAACCGUAUCAAUGAAGUCACUGCAAGUGAAACUCAACGGACUGCAGGCUUCUUUUUCAAACCUUGUGAGCUUCAUGAAUGAAUAUCCUGAGGGGACAACCGCCAAUCAGAUCGCAGUUCGUCUUGAGAGGUUGGAUGAUUUGUGGGAAAAGACAAACGAUAUUUAUUACGAAAUUGAGUGUCAUGAAGAUUUUUCACCUGAUGAAGAAGUCUAUGUGAAGGAGCGUUCAGUUUUUGAAAAUCGAUAUUACGAUGUAAAAUCAUUUCUGUUAGAUAAGGCCAGGGAGUUAGAAGAUACUGGUAAUUUGAACCAAACAACAAGGCAAUUAGAUGCAACAAUGCAGGGAGUAACCGAACAUGUACGUCUUCCAAUGAUUAAGCUGCAAUGUUUCGACGGUAAGAUCGACGAGUGGCUCAGCUUUAGGGAUCUUUUUACUUCACUAAUUCAUUUGAAGCCUGAGUUACCGGACGUAGAAAAACUGCAUUAUCUCAAAGGAUGUUUAGAAGGCGAAGCGAGGGCGCUAAUCGAUUCUUUGAAGAUCACAAAGGCAAACUAUCAUAUUGCCUGGGAAUUGUUGCUCAAGCGUGAUAAUAACAGCAAACUAUUGAAGAAGAAACAGAUGCAAGCACUAUUCAAACUACCAACUAUAGUCAAGGAAUCGGUCGUAGAAUUGCGCUCAUGCAGAAUAUGA